AUGCCUGUCAAAGACAACUUCAAAGGAUGGCAUUGGAGGGAGAGAAUUGCCAACUUUGAGCCGUCAUGGUUCACAAUUGUCAUGAGUAUGCGUGCUCGUACAACAUUGAUGCGUCAGAAGGGUUCUGACUGUAUAUACAGGNNCACUGGCACUCUGCAACAAUGCUUCGUUAACUUCCCAUACCCUAUCACUGGAGCAGCCCGAUGGCUUCGCGACAUUGGCUACUGUCUGUGGAUUCUGGAGAUCGUCCUAUUUGGCUUCUUCACUGGCAUGUUAAUCUGGCGCUAUAUCUCGCAUCCUGUGCUGCUCAANAAGAACAUGAUGGAGUUUCCAACGAGUUCGUUCCUGGGCGCAAUUCCAAUCUCUUUCAACACAAUCAUCCAAGGCAUCAUAUCGUACUAUGAUUACCGGACUUCUGCUCGAUGGGCAACAUUCGUUCUCUACUGGAUUGCGCUUGUCAUGGCUUUGACGAUAUCCUUUGGUCUCGUUAUCUACCAAAUGAGCCAUGCAAAGCCUCAGAAGCUGUCAGAUGUGGCAGGUGUCUGGGUGAUGACCACUGUACCUCUGUUUGUCACUGCAACAACCGCUAGUUCGAUUCUGCCGUACGUCUACAUGGAGAGCACGAAAUGCGCCAUAGCUCUGCUCGUCACAGGCUUCCUGGCAUGGUCUUUUGCUAUCGCGGAAGGCACGAUGAUCAUCACAAUCUACUUCUUCAGAUUGAUCGCAGAUAAGACACCAGCAGCGCCUCUUAUGGUUGGAUCUUUCCUACCCGUGGCAGCUCUGAGCCAAGGAGCCUACGCUAUUCAAAGGUUUAGCAUUUUCCUGGCCACGUACAUCAAGAACGGUUACGCACCAACCCAGGUUAAUCCACCACCACUCUCUCAGGCCACACUUUUGGCAACAUCCGAAGUGAUCCAUUGGAUUGGCAUCAUCAUGAAUCUGUUCCUCUUGGCCCACGCCACAUUUUGGAUGGUCCAGGGCACGACGAGCAUCCUCAUGUCACUUCCAAAAUUGCAAUUCAACAUCGCCUAUUGGAGCGCAGUGUUUCCUAUGGCAUCAUAUGCAAAUGCAUGGUGCUUUAUCUCUCGCGACCUACGCGAUGAUGGCAUGAGAGGAUGGGCAGCGACAAUGGUCAUGAUAGCAACUCUUCUGUGGCUGUUCUGUGCUCUGGAGACAGCCUUCAGAGGAUUCUGGCAGGGCAGCUUGUUCUCAGCUCCGGGACUUGAGGAUUGGCUGGGCGAAGAGGAAGAGCAAGACGAAAAGAGCAGAGGCGGAAGAAAGGAUGCUUGGAAUGGAAGCUACACGAUGCCUCCGCCAGGAUCUCAGGAUGAAGAGAGCGGACAGGCUAACGGGCAUCAGGCCGAUGGCAACGAGGGUGAUUCCAGAAGGAGAAACUGA